AUGUGUUUAGUGUUCACGUUUAUAGCAGCAAUUAUAUCAAGUUAUAAAAAGAAUGGUUUAGUCAUAUUAAUCACAAUUGGAUAUUUUAUGUUGAACAUAUUUCAUUCACCAAUAAACAUUUUCGGAAUCAAAAACUAUUGUUUUAAUGUCUUUAAUUACAUUAACAAUAUUAUAAAUGCCGUAAAUAUCAUCUUAUUAAUUAAACAUGUCAAGACUAUCAGGUUAUCACAUUAUGAUAAUUUUAUUAAAUUGGAACAUGUCUGCAACAAAUUUAAAAGCAAUAUGGAGAAAUUCCAUUUUAACCCAAUUCCACUGACUUACAAAACAGUUAGUUAUUUCCCUAACAUCGAAACACUUCACUUGUGGAAUGAAGAAGAUGAAAAUUUUGGUAAUGGACUUUUUCUCAGGCCCUUAAACUUUGGAUUUCAUAGAGAUAUCAACAAGAAUAACAAAGAUGAAAAGAAAAUGGACUUCUAUCGAGUUAUUGUGUGGUUCAAUGUAGAUUAUAGUACUGUGAACAAUAACUAUAAAAAUAUCAUAUUCAGAAAUGUGACGUACACUAAAAUUGACAGGCAACAAUUUGGCAAUGUUAUUCCACCAAGUGUCACAUCACUUGGGGAAUAUUGUUUUGGUUGUUGUUCAGCUUUGAAUAAUGUUGUUAUUCCAUCGAAUGUUACUUCACUUGGGGAAUAUUGUUUUUAUGAGUGUACAAAUCUUAGCAGUAUCACAUUACCUUUGACUGUUUUAUCAUUUGGUGAUAAAUGUUUUUAUGGGUGUAACAAUUUGGUUAAUGUGAUAACGCGGAUGUGUAUUGUGUUAUUUAAUUAUCUUUGUUAUUUUAGAUCUACCAGCUUAAGUAGCAUGUCAUUGUAA